GAGAAAAUGUUGGCAGCCUAUUUUGAUUGCCCAGGAGGCCCAGAAAAUCUCUAUGUGAAAGAAGUGAUGAAACCACAUCCAGGAAAAGGAGAAGUACUUGUGAAGGUCUCUGCCAGCGCUCUGAAUAGGGCUGAUUUGCUCCAGAGGAGAGGGAGGUACCCUCCCCCGAAAGGAGCAAGUGAUAUUUUAGGCCUAGAAGCAGCUGGGAGUGUGGUUGAGCUUGGACCUGGCUGCAAGGGUCAGUGGAAGAUUGGUGAUGCAGUGAUGGCUCUGCUCUCUGGAGGUGGCCAGGCAGAAUACGUUUCAGUACCCGAAGGCCACCUGAUGCCAGUUCCCAGUGAUAUGACCUUUAUCCAGGCUGCAGCCAUUCCCGAAGCUUGGUUAACAGCCUUUCAGCUGCUGCAUUUUGUAGGUAAAAUACAGAAGGGUGAGAGAGUGCUGAUCCAUGCUGGAGCCAGUGGAGUUGGUAUGGCAGCCAUUCAGCUUUCAAAACUGGCAAAAGCUAUUCCCAUUGUGACAGCAGGAACUCAAGAGAAACUGAAAGCCACAGCAAAUGCCGGAGCAGCUGCAGGAUUUAACUACAAGAAUGAAGAUUUUAGUGAAAAGGUCUUGGAGUUCACUCAGGGUUCUGGAGUAGAUAUUAUUUUAGAUUGUGUUGGUGGCUCAUACUGGGAGAAGAAUCUCAAAUGUCUGAGUACUGAUGGCCGGUGGAUUAUCUAUGGAUUACUGAGUGGAGGGGAAGUACAUGGAGAUUUGCUUGCAAGGCUGCUUUCCAAAAGAGCAAGCAUCCAUACAAGUCUAUUACGAUCACGAGACAAGGAGUAUAAGGAAAGGCUGGUGAAAGCCUUCACAGAAGACGUGCUGCCAUAUUUCUCCGGAGGAACCUCCCCUCAUCUCCAACCAGCUGUUGACAGUGUUUACCCUCUGCAUGAGAUUGCAGAGGCUCAUAGGAGCAUGGAAGAAAACAAGAAUAUUGGCAAAAUUGUCAUUGAAAUGACUACUUCAUCUUAA